CACCCGCAAGCCAACCUAGAAAGGGGUUUCAAAGAACUUGUAUAUGUGUCUGACUUGAGCAAUUGCAUCUCCAUCGUCUCAUUUUCAUUCUCAUAUAGGCCUGCCAGCGGUGGUGUCGUACCGGUGUAUAUAACCAAAGUUGAAUGGCAGAAUUUUGGCAAACCCUCUAUGAACAAAGUUAGUAUACCAGUUAUCUAUCGAAAGGCGAAUAUGGGAAAGAUCCCGGAGAUUGGUUUAGAGAGAUGGACAGAUGUGAGUAACUUAGAGCCGUGCUAUUCGCUUCCUACAUCAGUCGGAUAUUCCUCUCUUCAAUCAUAUGUUCUUAGGCGUAGGAAAUAUCUGAUAUAUACACCGUUAGAUGCCUUGUAUCGACGAAAAUCAAUAAGAUUACCCCAAAACUCUGGCUAUCUGCUCACCUGGACAGUAAGGGAAAGUGACCUGAGUACAUCCUUACUACCUUGCCAUGACUGGCGAGGUGGGAUUACGCGGGUCAAAUCUCGCGGGAUAGUAGAAUUCGCAUUUGAAGCGACUAAGCCAGCAAUGAGACGAGUUCUCACGUACAUUUUCCCUUCUUUUCUGCUUUCUACCGCCCAUUUCCGAUACCGCAGUAUGUCGUUACAGCUAACCCGACACUCCCAUCUGGAACGAGAUAAGACAUGUAAGACCACCGCAGACCGAGCCUCAGACCUUAUGAUGAGGGCUAUGGAUAUAUGUUUGCCGGAUCAUCUAUGUAAUACCAGAGGCACGUACGCAAAAUGCAAAAAACUUUGUUUAACUGGCGCCCACCGAUUGAGGUGGAAUUUGCCAGAAAUAGGAGACAUAGCAGAUGAGGAUGUUCACCAGAGACUAGUUUGAGGACCGUGACUGCGAGUAAUGGUGCGGUUGCAAAAUGGUUCGACGUGGGCUGAUAAGGCCAAGAAGCCAGAUACGAACGAGUAAGAGGAUUGUUUGUCCCUUCACAGCGGGACUCGUCGCAAGUAGCAGUAUAAAUUAUUCAAGUGUGACAUACUGCUUAUUUGGACGACACUCUACC